AUGGCGGUAUCCAGUGUCAAAAAUCUAGAUGCUCCCGAAAAAGUUGCCACUCCAAGUCCACAGCUUGCCCGAUCUGCAAUUAAUGAAAUCCACACUUCAGAAGAGACUGGCGUCCCUCUAAAUACACCAUGGACUUUCUACUUGGACAAAUCUACCCCAGGUACAUCAGCAGCAGAGUAUGAGGCGUGUCUCAGAAAACUAUACACCGUCAGUACAGUUCAGGGAUUUUGGAGUGUGUAUAACAACAUACCAGAUGUGAGCAAAUUGAAUUCCAGAUACAGUUACCACCUGAUGAGAUUUGAGAGAAGACCUAUUUGGGAAGACAAGGAUAACUGUAAUGGUGGAAACUGGAGAAUGAAGUGCCAUAAAUGGGAUACACCUCAAGUGUGGAAAGAAUUGCUGCUGGCAGCAAUAGGGGAACAUUUAUCAGAUUUUCUUAUGGAGGGAGAUGAGAUAGGUGGUAUAAGUGUGAGUAUUCGAGAGAGGGAUGACAUUGUCACUAUAUGGAAUACAAGAUCAGACUUAGCUGAACAAUCAAAAAUGUUAGAAAAAGUUAAAGAGCUAGUACCUAAAGUCAAUUUUACAGCUGCAUUUUAUAAAGCAUUUCAGACACACCAGGCUUUUGAAGGCUACAAAAGAUCUUGAACUUGCCCAAUGUGAUAUUUGACUUUCUAAAUGCCGAAGAUGUAUAUUAUUUCGCCACAACGCAUGAGAGAUUCAAAAUCUGUACGGUUUCACUGGUGUGUUAGGGAGCAUGUUUUAGAGAUGUGCUGGUCCACGUAAAGACAGUCCUCAAUAAUAUUGCCUUUAUGUGAUAUGUGUCAAAUCAGAGAUCUUUGUUGGCUGUCAGGAUUUAUUCUGGUCAAUAUAUUUAUGCAAGUACAUGUAAUAAGAAGAUUUCAGUGUUUACUGGCCUUUAAAGAACUUGCCUCUAGAUUUAUGAGAAAUUUUCUUAUAUUAGGCGUAAAAAAAAAUGGAUUGUUUCCAGUAUCCCAACCUACACUAAAUUUUUGGCCCGACCCUAAAUGUUUUUAUGGCCUUGGAGAUUUUUUUUUUUCAACUUUUUAAGAAAAAGUUGAAAAACUGCACUUUUUAUGCUUUAAACAUGGUCAGUGAUGUUAGAAAUCAACUUACUGAUGCUCUAAAGGCAUAACCCCUGUAUUUGUAUUCAUUUUUUGACAAAAAAUAUUUUCUGAAAAGUCCCACUUAAUAAAACAAAAUUCAAAAACAAAAACUUACUGACCCACCUACCCUAAUCAUUUUGAGCAUGUUACCGGAAACAAACAAUUUUUUUUACGCCUUAGUAAUUGUAAACACAAAGUGAAAACAGUGCAUAACCAGGAGUUUUAAGUAAUAUUUAUCAAAAUAUAUAGAAAAUUAACAUAGUAAGCAACAGGGUAAUGAAAAAUAACAGGAUUUCAGAUAACUUCAGCCAGGGAGGCGGACCUGUCUCCAUGCUUUAUCACAACAAAAUAUCAUCUUGAUUUGCCCAUUACAGUGUACAUAAUGUGUGUAAAAAGUUGAGUUUUUUUGAUUCAUAGAACGAUUAUUCUAACAUGAUCUGCAGCAGCUGCUAUAUUGACAUUUAAUAAACAACCUAUAUGUAUGAUCUAAGAAACAAUGUAUCUCAUUUUGUGAUUUGUCAUUGAAUAAAAUCAUUGGAGUUCAGAUGCGAAGGAAUUAUAUCAUGAGGGCGCAGCCUGAGUAAUAUGAUAAUAUACAUCUGAAUGACAAUGAUUUUAUUCAACAGAAAGUCGAGAAAUGAGAUAUAUAAUUUCGAUUCUAAUACGUUACAAAGGAUUUUCAAGUACAUCCUUGAUGACAUCCAUCAAAUAUUUUCCUGUUUUCUGUUGGUUUCUUUCCCAGCACGCCGCUAUGACAUAAUAAUUGUGACAUCAGAAAAAUGAAUUGUUGUAUAACACACAAUUUUCAGCCUCCUUUGUUUCAUAGGAACAUGAAUCGGGUCGUGUUAAAAUCUAUGAUAAAAUAUGUUUGGCUGUUACAUUUUACCCCAUACAAUUAUAACAUAGGAGGUCCUACCUCUGUUGUGUUAUUUAAACUAUUCCUAUGCCAAACAAUAUUAAAACAACAUUUCAAAAAUGCACAAUUAUGAGAAAAUACCAUAUCUUCUUACCGGUAUGUGGAUGGCAAAUUGUAUGUUUUGAUCUCUGCGAAAUUUGUAAUGCAGAUACACCAAAAAAUAUCAUGGCAUGACGAUAUCACAUCACACAUAUUUAAAAGUUUAGAAAAUAACAAUGAUUGAAUGGCUCAAAAAACAAGAUUUUUUUUUCUUUGAUAGUUAGCAAGUUGUGUAAUUUCUAGUUUGUCAAUACUCCUCAAAAUUCUGAUAUGCUAUGCUUUCUUAUCAUGGUGUGAAUUGUAACAGCCUGUAGACCGCAUGCUAAAAUGUAGUUCAGAGUUAGGGCGAAAAAUUUUGCGUGGUUAUAAUGGAAAUAAUAAAAUUGUUUCUAUAUUUUAUCUGCAAAUAAAAUAUAGGCACUUAUUUGAAUGAGAAUAAUUAAGUCACCUUUUCUUUGCAUUUGUGAUCUAAUUAUUAUGCAUCUGAACUCUUCCUAUAUUUUGUUCACUGAUAAGAAAUAGGUUUCUUGAAUAGGCAGAAAUCUCAGGCUUAUAUUCAGGUAAAUCCUUUAACUUAACCUUUACCCUGCUAAAUUUCUAAAAUGGACUGGUCCAUCAUUUAAUUUUGGCAAUACCACUUAUUAUUCAAAGGGGGUGUUCACUAAAAAUGUGUUGACUGAAUAGCGAACAGUGCAGACCAUGAUCAGCCUGUAUCGUGGUCUGCACUGGUCGCAAAGGCUGAACCACUUGCUGCUAGCAGGCUAAAGGUUAAGCUACUUCUCUUACAGAAAGUAAGGGGAUAUAUAAAUGUGUCUUGUAUAUGUGUGUCUAUAUAUGUCACAAACAAUAGGAUACAUGUCUGCUUAGGAAAAUAUGUCAAAAAUAUAUAGUAUAGUAUACAUGUUUGUCUGAUUCUGAAAUAAGAGGUUAUUGUAUGAAAUCCUUAUAUAUUAAACUUGUCUGCAGUGUGUUAAUAUUGUUUAAAAAAUUUAAAAAAUAGGGUAUAUAAUAAACUGAUAGAGUAAUGUUAGAGUAUCAGUGAUGCAUUUUAAAAACUCCAGGAUGUUUUAUGAAUGAUUUGAUUCAAUUAUUUACAGUAACUGUUUUUUUACACGCCCAAAUGAAUGUAUUAUGUGAUGGUGCAUCUUGUGUGUCUCAGUAGAAAUUCCAUUCUUGCUCAGUAACUGAAAAAUCCUUCAAUCUAUGAAUGUAUGACACUGUCGUGCCAUGUUGUCAGAUAGGCAAUCAUUUACUCAGUAUCUGCUUUCACAUCCAUUAGAGAUUCACCAUAAUUCAGAGAUGCAACACUGAUUUUCUUCUUUAACAAUUUGAUUAGAUUGCCACUGGGAAUUGUCUCAAACAAUCAAUGUUUUCCAAUGUUCAGCCCACCAAAUCAAACAUUGAAGUACCAUCUUAGUAAAAGUACUUGCUAGCAAUGAAUAAAGAUUAUAUUAAAUAUCUGGGAUCAAUAAAGAUUAACUGCUCUUAGGAGAUAUUUACAUUUACCUUGAGAAAAAAAAAUAUGCCUUGUAAUAAGGGAUGUAACUGCACUUUUCACAGAUGAUUUUGAUUGGUUCAUAAAAAUGUAUUUCAAAAUGCUGCUGAUUGGUUGAAAUCUUGUAUCUGUAAUAUAAACAGUCAAAAUACAUUGGUGUAGUGCGCCUCGGGUUCAGUUUGGGACAUCUGCUGGAUCCUUCAAGCAUGUUGUCCAACACAGUCAGAUCUGUCUUUAGGUGUCUAUUGCUCUUGCACAAUGCUGCCCAUUGCUGUGUUAUUCGCUAUGUCUGCAUAUGCAAUCUUGUUCGUGCCUAAUCUCCCAAACCAUUGCACACAAUUUAAUGAAACUUCACACAAGUGAUCAGUACCAACUUUACUUGUGCAUUGUGCAUGUUAGGUUCUUUCAGAAAACAAUUCUGCUGAGUUAUGGGGCUUCGUUUUUUGUUACUAUACUAUAUACAUACAGUCCACAUAAUUAUGCAAUCUUACGUGCAUCAAAUUGCAAUGUACUGUGUCGGUGCAUGCAGGAGGUACAUUCAUCACCUUCAGUGAUAGCUCUAGUUUGAAAUGUAAUAAAAAGUUUUUCAGGUGUUGUACUAAUGAUCAUGUAUAAAUAGUUAACUUACUGAAGUUCAACAUAGCAUUAAAAAGCUAAAAUUAAUUAGAAUUACUUAAAUACAAAUGUACAUAGAAGUAUACUACAAACACUGUAGUAUCUGACCAUUAGUGUAUAGUUAUUUACAUGUUGUUAAAAGUGAGAACUGUAAUAUUCUCCUACAUGUGAAUUUGCAGUGCCAAAAAGUCACACAUGUGAACAGGAAUAGAAUAUAGGGCAAAUGUUACAUACGAUUAUAGUCAGAAUGAGUGAUUAAUCUGAAUUAUAUGGGUUUUUUCUUGCACAAAAUGUCUUACACAUAGAAAAACUUGUCUCACCAGGAAAUUCUGUUUCAAGGUAGUCUAUGAAGCAGUGUUGCAGGUCAUAUAAAACUGGCUUUUAUGUUCCUGCUGUAUCAGUAUAUAUACCUAUAUUAUACACAGAACUUUGAUAUUUCUGAAUCCAACUGCAGCAAUUCUUAAACAUAUAUAUCAUUGUGCAUUGACACUUACAUGUGAGGGUCUUUUUAUUAGUUUGUUAUUUAUUGUUGUUUUUUUUUUUACUUGACAACUGAGAGCUUUAGGCACCAGCUGUUAUAUACAUUUGUGAAUUAUAAAAAGUAUAAAGAACAUUUUUUACCAGAUUUCUCCAAAACAAAAAUGCCUUUAGAUUUUUGUUAUGUUUUUUCUUCCUUCAGAAGGGAAUUUUGUCUAUCUUUUGUAUGAAUUCCGUUAGUAUAGCUUUAAGUUUAAGAGCCAAAUUAACUGCUUUAAUGCAGGAAACUGUUGAUAUUGGAUAUAGCUUGACAGUUUGAGAAAGAGCUAGAGCCGUUGCACUCGCCCAUUUGUCGGCAUUUUUGUGGGCGUCCCAGUUUGGUUGUUUUUGUAUGUACGCUUGUAUCUAAGUAAUCACUGGGGGGGAAGGAUUGAAACUUCCCACACUUUAACACUAUGUUUAAAUGACAUGCAGUGCACAGGUUUCAUAAUUAUUUGGGAUUUUACAAAAUUACUCCCCUUCUAAGAAAUGGCAGUUUUUGGUUAAGCCUUUUUUGUAAGCUGGUAUCUCGGUAACCAACUGUUGGAAUGGAUUUAAACUUCACAAACUUAUUCACUGCGAUGAUCCGACAUGCAGUACCCCAGUAAUUCUUUUUUUGCUUUUCACAAGGUUAGGCCCCAUCUUAGCUUGACUAUUUGAAAUGAAAAUUUUCAAAUACAUGUAGUAUAGCCUUAGUUUUCUAGUCUUUUGUCGACAUCAGUUUCCAUUUUACAGAAAUUUUACAUGUAAGUAGGUUUUACUUAAGGUAGUUCUGCACGUUUGAUAAACCGGAAGUGAUGGCAUAACGUCAUUUAUCCGGAAAACGAAGAAUAAAGCCUGGAUUCGAAGUACGGAAAUGAAAAUCAUUUUAUGAAUUAAUCGCAACCUGUAAGUUAAUUUACUUCAAUGGCUCUGUUGAUAUAUUUCUAAAGUCAAAAUAUGGUACUAAAACAUGACACGUUAAAUAAUUCAAAAUAAUGUCUUAAAAUUAGCGUGAAAUGUCCGGUUCUCUUUAAUCAUGGUCAAAUAUCUUAAAAAUAAGCACACAGACCUAUACAUUUUAUUUCAUCAAAUUAUAGGCCAUGUCUUUAUUCACAACUCUGAGAAGUUUCAUCAAAAUCUACAUUGUAGAAAAAUUUCUAUUUGCGAAAAUGUUAUGAAAGUUAUGAUUUUCCCAUAGACUCCAAUUAUGAAAUAUUUCAUGAGGUCCAUAUUUUUCAAAUCAGUCUAGCAAAAAAUCAAGCACACGACCCUAUCUUUUUUAUUUGCUGAAUUUUCUAGGUAUGUUUUGAAGUUUUGAAAAAUCAAAGUUUAAUCAAAUUCUACAUUGUAGAAAAAAAGUCGACCAAAACGUGCAGAACUAUCUUAAACUUUCAGGCCAAAUGCUUACAAACUUUUAUAACUUAUAUUUUGUCAAAGUUAUUCCUCUUUUUACUUAUAAAUUUUGGUUAAUGUUUUGCAUGUAAGCAGGUUUCUCAGAAACUACUUCAGAUUUUACAAGUCUUUCGCAUCAUGGGAUGACCUCACAGGGAAAGUUACAUAACUUAGCUUAUAUUUUGUGUGAAAAUUAUACCCCUUUGUAACAGAAAUUUUGCAAAAGUUAUGCAAUUAAACAUGUUUCACAUGAACGACUUGACCAGAAUUUUAUGUUUUCAUAUUUACCACACAUGUUUGGCAUUAUGAGUUGACCUAACAUGGCAAGUUUCAUAACUCUUGCUUACAUUUUGGCAAAAUUAUGCCCCUUUUUUCAACUUAGAAAAUUUGAUGAAGGUUUUGUAUUAAAGUUAGAAUUUUGGUAGAAGGGCUUCAAAGAGUUGAGUGCACUUUAAAUAGACAGCUAUUGGUAUUUGUUCUUUUAAUGUUUUAGCGGCAAGGCUUUUGAAUAGUCGAGCACUGCUGUCCUCAGAUCGCUCUAGUUAUAUUAUUCAUUUUGCUAAACAGCCCCUGAGGUGAGGGUAGGAAAUACAGCUUUAAUGGUUGAUUUUGUUGUCUUUAUGGACUUUAAACUAUGAUUUUGUUCUAAUAUGUUUAUUGAUGUACAUAAACAAUGAUUGUAUUUUAUUGGUAUACAUGUACAAUAAGUACCAGUUAUAUGAACUUCCAGCAAGUAGCCAGUAUUGAUAAAAGAGCAUUUUUUGUUCUCACCGUUUUUUACAUAAUUGUUUUUUUGCUUUCUGUUGGAAAUGUCAAUAAUGGUACUUUUUUACCAGUAGAAUGUUAGUACAUUAAUUUACUUCAUCAAGUGUUUCCAGAUCCAUUGUGAGAGAUUGAUGUAUUCUUGUUUAGCUAAUUGUUUGGUAAGGCAAAGACUGUGUGAGCUGUAGUAAUUGAUUAUGUUGAUGGAUGCAUAGGAAGUUUCAUAAUCAGAGAAUUUAAAUCAAAUUUAGUCCUCUGUUCUCCAGUACAAUUCUAUUGGAAUGUUCUGUACUUAACCUCACUAAAAUAUCGCGCUGUGAAAGUUAUAUUAAGCCAUGUUACAGCAUAUACUAUAUAUACUGUAAUCUAAAGAUUAGGACACUGUAUUGGUAUAAUAAUAAAAUGAUGACACCAACAUGACACUUUCAUUUACAGACAUUCUUAGUCACGCAUGAUGGGAUUAUAUUUUUCUGUCUCAGAGUUUUCAUUCACACAUUACCUACGAGUAGGACAGAUGAUAUAAUUCAGUGUUUAUUUUCCAGAAAUCUAGUUUUCAACAGGAAUACGGUGAGAGGGACACUUAACCCUUAGCCUGCUGGCGGCAGAUGAUUCUGCCUUUGCGACCAGUGCAGACCAAGAUCAGCCUGCACAUCCGUGCAGUCUGAUCAUGGUCUGCACUGUUCGCUAUUCAGUCAGUAAAUUUUCAGUGAAAACCCCUUUGAAUAAUAAUUGGUACUGUCCAAAUUGAAAGAUGGACCAGUCCAUUAUAGAAAUAUAGCAGGGUAAGGGUUAACUAAGAUAUGGUGUUAUUUUAGCCUGUAUUUUUAACAAGUCAGUAGUUUUUUUUUUUGCAAGUGAGAAACCAUGUUAUCACUUCUUGGCAGCAAGUAAUAUUUUAGCUUUCUAAGCUUUACUAAAAAUUCCAUUUAUUGUUCCAUUGUUUUGUCACUGUGUUUCAAUGUCAUGGGAAAACAAUUGUGAAGCUACAUAAUUAUUAUAACCUAAGGUGCACAAUAGACAGUCAUUAUUCAGGGUCAUUUCUUACAAGUGCAGUUGUUCUGUGUUUAUUAGUAUUGCAGUUUUUGUGCAUACUGUAUAUAUUGGGGGUUUUUUCUGGAUAAAUUUACCUCUUUAAGUUUUGUAUAAUGCAGAAUGCCCGAGUCUGUAAAUAAUAAAGUAGGCAGGUAAAAGCUUAAAGUGUGCAAUGUAAAAUGAUAAUGUGUAAAAGAAAUUUAUAUAGAUGUUUGUGUACGUGUCAUAUAUGAUGAAAAAAGUUUCAGAGAGUUUACAGGUACAUCUAGCAUAUCAUGUCUUUUAGUGUUACAGUUUUGGGUGAAGGGGAUGAUUGAGAAAUUUUGGAAGGCUUUCAUUAUUUCUAAGGUAACAGAUUUUUCUAGUGGCCAGUUUUACAGAACUCAUGGAAAUUUGAUAUAAAUGAGGUGUGCUGAUUUAUUAAAAAUCUCCAUGUUUC